AUGGCCACCCAGAUCUGCACUCCGACCUUCUCCACUGGGUCUGUCAAGGGUCUUUGCAGCACGGCAGGUGGCUUCUCCCGGGUGUCCUCCAUCCGCUCUGUGGGCUCCUGCAGGAUCCCUGGUCUGGCUGGUGCUGCGGGAUCCAUCUCUUCCUUUAGGACAGGCCUCUCUGGCCUUGGGAGUUACUUGCCUAGCCCCUACCUGUCUGCUGGGAACCAGUCCUCUGCCUUUGUUGGGAGCGGCAGCUGGUUCGGCGAGGGCUCCUUCAAUGGCAAUGAGAAGGAGACCAUGCAGUUCCUCAAUGACCGCCUGGCCAACUACCUGGAGAAGGUGCGCCAGCUAGAGCGGGAGAACGCUGAGCUGGAGAGCCGCAUCCGUGAGUGGUAUGAGAGUCAGAUCCCAUACAUCUGCCCGGACUACCAGUCCUACUUCAAGACCAUUGAGGACUUCCAGCAGAAGAUCCUGCUGACCAAAUCUGAGAACGCCAGGCUGGUUCUGCAAAUUGACAAUGCCAAGUUGGCUGCUGACGACUUCAGGACUAAGUAUGAGACGGAGCUGUCCCUGAGGCAGCUGGUGGAGGCCGAUAUCAAUGGCCUACGCAGGAUCCUGGAUGAGCUGACCCUGUGCAAGGCUGACCUGGAGGCACAGGUGGAGUCCCUGAAGGAGGAGCUGCUGUGCCUUAAGAAGAACCACGAGGAGGAAGUCAAUUCACUCCGUUGCCAACUUGGGGACCGUCUGAAUGUGGAGGUAGAUGCUGCCCCACCGGUGGACCUCAACAAGAUAUUGGAUGACAUGAGAUGUCAGUAUGAGACUCUGGUAGAGAAUAACCGCAGAGACGUGGAGUCCUGGUUCAACACCCAGACUGAGGAGCUGAGCCAGCAGGUGGUGUCCAGCUCGGAGCAGCUGCAGUGCUGCCAGACAGAGAUCAUUGAGCUGAGGCGCACGGUCAAUGGCCUGGAAAUUGAGCUGCAGGCCCAGCAGAGCAUGCGGAAUUCCUUGGAAUCCACGCUGGCAGAGACAGAGGCCCGCUACAGCUCCCAGCUGGGCCAGAUGCAGUGCCUGAUCAGCAAUGUGGAGUCCCAGCUGGCUGAGAUCCGCUGUGACCUGGAGAGGCAGAAUCAGGAGUACCAGGUGCUGCUGGAUGUCAAGGCCCGGCUGGAAUCAGAGAUUGCCACCUACCGCCGGCUGCUGGAGGGUGAAGACUGCAAGCUUCCUGCCCACCCUUGUGCCACGAAUGUAAACCUGCUGUGAGAGUUCCUUAUGUCUCCUCUGUGCCCUGUGUCCCAACUGGGCCCUGCACCCCAGCUCCCCAAGUUAGCACUCAGAUCCGUACCAUCACUGAAGAGAUCAGAGAUGGGAAAGUCAUCUCUUCCAGGGAGCAUGUGACGCCUCAUCCGCUGUGAGCAGCCAUGAGGCUCUCUGGGCAGUGCCUGAGCCACAGGAAGGAGGACACCCCUAUGGCUCCUGGUUACUAAAUGAUCCCACCCUUCUGUAGAAGGGCCCUCCGCUUAGCAGGUUUUUCUACCAAAGUUCUUCUUCUAUUGUGCUUCUGGUCUUAGCUGCACUUUUCAUGCUAUGCAAAACCAGGUUCCCCUGGAAAUGUACCCAAUAAAGUGUGUUCUCUUGGAUAGCAAUCU